CGUAAUUGCACUCAUGAAUAGGGUACAUAAUAACUGACACCUUGUUGUUGUUGGUUCCAUGCAUUUGAGUGUUUAAUCAAGAGUGUCACUUUUGACAAGUGGGUCGAACUUCCUUCAGAGAGGUGUGUUAUCAGUGAUUUCUCAAAGCCUUCAUAACUGACACAAAUGGAUCUGACGGGUUAUCUAGGAUUCACAGGAGUAAAUCUGCUCUCUGGUGCAAUGGCGAGUCCUUGUUGUAAACUGGAAACAUUGAGGUUAAAUGAUUGUGGGAUCACAUAUGAAGGUUGUGGUGCUCUAGCUUCUGCUCUGGCAUCAAACCUCUCACAUCUGAGAGAACUUGAUCUGUCUGGAAAUAAACUAGAAGAUUUAGGAGUGAUGUUGCUUUCCGCUGGACUCGCAAAUAAUUUGUCUGAACUUGGAACACUUAAGUUGAUUGGUUGUGGUGUAACAAAUGAAGGUUGUACUGCUCUGGCUUCAGCUCUGGCAUCAAACACCUCACACCUGAGAGAACUGGACCUGUCACAGAAUAGCUUAAAUGAUUUAGAAAUGAUAAUGCUCUCUGCUGGACUGAAGAAUCCUUCAUGCAAACUGGGGAAAUUAAAGUUGUUGAGUUGUGGUUUAACAGAGGGAGGUUGUGCUGCACUGGCUUCAGCUCUGGGAUCAAACUCCUCACACCUGAGAGAGCUGGAUCUGUCUGAGAAUAGCUUAAGUUAUUUACAUACAAUGCUGCUCUUUGCUGUAAUGGGGAAACCUUGCUUGAAACUGGAAGCGUUGAAGUAA